UUUGUUACCUGAGUUGAGUGAAUGGAAUCCGUGAAAGAAUUUUUGAACGAUUAGUCACAGUUUUGAAUUAUUGGAAUACAAUAUUGACACCAUUGUUCUUGCAUAAAGUACACAUUACAUACGGCAAAUGCCACUGGGUGCUGCCGCCUGUGCUUACGCGCGAUAUUUUCAACAAAUGUCAGUUUGAAAUGUUAUAUUCAUCAAGGAACAACGUUCCGUAAAGCAUUUCUAACCUUUAUUUUGGUAUUCUUCCAUUAAUCCUCCAUGCAAGUGGAAACUUAUUGCUUUGGUGUAUAAUUAUUGAUAAAAAAUGACUAUGUGGGAAAGGCUACGGAAUCCCUGUGGUUGGAGAGCUGGUGCUAAGCAAAUUUCAGUCGAUGCAAUGAUACCAAUAUUUGCAGUCCCAACAUUGGCAGUAAUAGCCGCGCAAACAGUGUUAUGUACUAUAAUUAUAUUUGUUGCAACACCAAUAUUGGUGUAUUACUUGCAUCACAACUUCCUCAGAUUUCUUCUACGUACCAAAUUUUUUUUAAUGUGGACAAUUACCAGUGUAGUUAUGUUGAUGCUGAUCUUUGAAAUUAGUGUUGUACCAUUACUAGAAAUUUUGCUAGAAGAGAAUCUAGUAUUUAUAAUGUGUGUUGUGGGUGGUAUAUGGUGCGGCUACAUGACUAGAUUAAAUGCAGAUUCUGCAACUCAUGAAGGUAGUUUAACUCAGGGUUUAGAGCUUGGCGAAGGAAGUGGAGAUCUUUGUAUUACAUGUAGAAGAAGAGCACCUCCUAAAGCGCAUCAUUGUCGAAUGUGUCAGACAUGCAUCCUUAAUAGAGAAUAUCAUUGUAAAUGGUUGGAUUGUUGUAUAGGUUCAAGUAAUUUAAGAUGGUACUUGGGAUGUUUAUUCUUCUCAGCUAUAGCUUUUAUUUACGGUUCUAAUUUGACUAUGACUAGUGUAUGUCAUCCAUUUAUACUUAUUGGUACUGUUCUUUUACCAGAUGAUUGCAGCGACGUAUAUCAUCAAUUAGACAUUGCCCUUUGCUUCAUCUCUGCACUCUACAGCUUGCUUGUUGGGAUAGUGGUAGUUUGUUAUUUAAUAUAUCAUCUUUGGUUAAUUUACCUUGGUACAACAUCGAACGAACGACGUCUUCUGGAAGCUGGAAGUCCAUAUGACCAUGGAAUGUUAAAAAAUGUAUCUCGGUUAUUUUGUUGCAAAACUUAGAUAUUAAAUGUAGACUAAACUAUUAGACUUACUUUGUAUGGAAGGUGAUACUUUGUACUGUGUAAAAGAUAUUAGAAAAAUUGAAACAAUUGAGGCCAAACAGCAGGCAUAGCAAUAUGUGAAAACACACACUUUGAUAUUUAUUUCACAAUGCAUUUUAAUAUACUUUAAUACUUAUCCUUGUUCUUUCUUUAUGAUAACAAGGUAUGUACUUAAUACUCUUAAGCUAUUGCUCAUAAUAUUAAACUUAAUAAAAACAUAUCAUGAUGUAAGAGCGCUGAACUCAGUUAUAGUUUUAACUAUUUUUAUUCUAUUAUUGCGCACAUCACUUAUAUAUUUAUUAUAACUGUGAUAAAAUGGCCAUUGUACUAAUUAGCACAAUAAAAUAUAUUACUCAAUUA